GUGAGUUUUGUGUGCUGGAAUUUUUAUUCUCAAAAAACUAACAUUAUUUGGUCGUAUAGGAUUUCUAUAGAGACUUCUAGAGCCGGAUAUUACACAUUUGUAGUAAUUAGACAUUUGGAUAUAACAGUAGAGCAUUUUUGUUUUGUGUUGACAAGAAAAGACAAGUUUCCGUCUGUUGGUGUUCACAAAAAUAUAUUUAAUACAGAAUGUCUGAACUCACCAAAGAAGAGCUUGAAGAUGUCCGAGACGUUUUUGACUUGUUCGACUUCUGGGAUGGAAGGGACGGUCUGAUUGACGCUGUCAAGGUCGGCGACUUGUUGCGAUGUGUUGAAUUGAACCCAACCCUAGCUCUCAUCAAGGGUUGGGGUGGCACUGACAAACCAGGUGAGAAACAAUAUUCUUACGAAGAGUUUCUCGCCAUCUACAAACAAACAAAGAACGUCAAAGAAUGGGGCACUUUCAGGGAUUUCGAAGAGGCUUUCAAAUCAUUCGACAGAGAAGGUCAAGGCUACAUCAGCGCAGCUGAAAUGAGGCAUUUGCUCACAGCUAUGGGGGAGAGACUUUCCGACGAACAGGUGGAUGAGAUCAUUAAGCUUACUGACAUCACAAUUGACCUUGAUGGCAAUGUCAAGUACGAAGAUUUUAUUAACAAAGUAAUGUUGGGCCCCAAGAAUCAAAAGUAGACCAGACUUUUAAAGCAAAGGUGAUGAGUGGUACAGCAAAGUGCUGAAGACAUUUUUGUGCUUCAUACAUAACUUUAAACCGAUUCUCAAUCAUGUAUUCCUCUUUUUUUUUAUAUUUCGAAACAAAUCUAUAAGAUCAUUAAUGACUUAGCAGUAUCACCCGACUUUCACUUCAUAAAGAUGGAUGUAUUUUUUUUUUUACAUUAUUGAAAGAGCUUACGCUAAAUAUCAAAUGGAAAGAUAUUUUAAAUUAAUUUUUAAACUUGAUUUGUUUGAAUAAAUUUUUUUUUCUCGUCUACAACGUGUAUAGUUCAAAACGAGGCUGCACAUGAUUAUGGAAGGUCUUAAACUUUGGUGAUAUGGAUGUUGGGGGAAAGUGAUGGGUGAAUUGAUUUCAAAAGAGAGAGAGAGAUGUUUACGGGAUAUGCAUGCACGUUAUAUUUAGAAUGCGGUGCGUGCGUGCGUGGUUACAUGUGUGUGUGUGUAGUGCAUUACGUAAUUUAAGCAAAAAGAAGUAAAUUUUACUUCAUCGCAGAAAAAAAAGAAGAAGCUUUAAUGGCGUUAGCUUUAAGCUGCGUUCACAAUAUUCUUGCCAGUUGCGCCUCCUGUUUGCAAGGGAACAAUUUUGCCUUUUGUUAGCAGGGGGACAUAAUGUGCUUUCUAAUGUGCUUUCUGUUAGCAAGGGAUCAUAAAUGCUUUCUGUUAGCAAGGGGACAUAAUGUGCUUUCUGUUAGCAAGGGGACAUAAUGUGCUUUCUGUUAGCAAGGGGACAUAAUGUGCUUUCUGUUAACUGGAGAGACAUAAUGUGCUUUCUGUUAGCAAGGGAUCAUAAAUGCUUUCUGUUAGCAAGGGGACAUAAUGUGCUUUCUGUUAGCAAGGGGACUUAAUGUGCUUUCUGUUAGCAAGGGGACAUAAUGUGCUUUCUGUUAGCAAGGGGACAUAAUGUGCUUUCUGUUAGCAAGGGGACAUAAUGUGCUAUCUGUUAACUGGAGAGACAUAAUGUGCUUUCUGUUAGCAAGGGAUCAUAAAUGCUUUCUGUUAGCAAGGGGACAUAAUGUGCUUUCUGUUAGCAAGGGGACAUAAUGUGCUUUCUGUUAGCAAGGGGACAUAAUGUGCUUUCUGUUAGCAAAGGGACAUAAUGUGCUAUCUGUUAACUGAAGAGACAUAAUGUGCUUUCUGUUAGCAGGGGGAAAAUACUGUUCCUUUACUUCUUUCGAUGCUCAGCUUUUACUGCUCAUUAAGUUACUGAUAUUUUAUAAACACAUUCAAAAGACUUUAUUGUUAUACUGUUUAUAUUUAUACAUGUUUUUUGUUGUUAUUUUAUUACUAUGAAAUGGGGGACCAACUGGGGUUUUACAGUCUCUUUCAGGUUGUUACAAAUUGUUGACAAAUGGAGGCCAUGAAACAAAACAUUCAAAACUCUUUGGGUCAUUCUUUAGACCUACUUUGUAUUUAAAAAAAAAUUGUAAAUAACAAUGUACAGGCGUGAGCCCAUUACCCAAAAGUUUUCUCCCUUUGAAAUUUUGCACGAUCUUUCGGACCGUUCCUAUUUCGGACUCAAACUCCAGCCUUUAAAAACAAUCCUCCAAUCUCUUACCCUGUUUUACAACUUGACCCUAACAACCUCCAUUCUCUCCACCCUUCGAUCCUCAAUUUGACCCAGAUUAGAUUUUUCCAAUAAGAAACACAACAAAUGAGCAAACCCCAUGUUCCCCAUUUUUAACCAAUCAAAUUUUUUUUUUUAUUUUCCUGCCUUGAACUUGUUUGCAGCCUUGACCUUUCUCUCUCACCUUUUGUUUCUCCCAUUCUAUUUUUGCGAACUUCUUGCGUUGAAAUAGUCACAAUCGAGUUUGGCAGUUUUGGCAGAAGUCACGAAAAAAUAUUUAAAAAUCUGAAGAAAGAAACGAGACAAAAAGUGAGAAGUGUUUUAAUUUGUUAAAAGAACAAGUGUAAGCCAUAAGAUAAGAGGAACGUAUAAGAUAGUUAACUUAUCAAUGUAUUUAUUCUCUUCCAAAAAAAAAAAAAAGUUGUAGUCUAAGUCUAAUUUUGGAACGAUCUUUUACGUAGCCUACUAACAUUAGGCCUACUGAUAGGAACACUUCAUGCGCUAGGAUAUAAGUGUUGGAUUAAGUAUUGAAGAAGUCAUUUCUUUAGUUCUGAACGAUAUUGUGAACGCAUUUCAUAGUAAGCUACUUUUUUUUUUGUUUUGUUUGCAUGGUGUGCGUCCUUCACCUUGUUCUACCCGGAGUGUUUGUAGAGAAAUUGUCCGUCAACCAAAGAUGACCAGAUUGUGCAGCCCAACUUUUUUUUUUUCUUUCCUUUACAAAAUCCCAGAUUUUUUUUUAACCACCUAAUUUUUCGAAUCAUUAUCCCGUGUGCAUAAAACACCUUUGGACUUUAUAUAACGUCACUUUACAGCGAUGACGUGUUUCCUGUCUCUGAAACGUCAUCGAUGGUUUAUUUUUUUUUUUGAAUCAUUAUUUAUCUUUUCAUGAAUGAUAACAUAUAGGCUAGUGACUCUACCUAUUUAAGUUUUGUUUUGUUUAAAUCAAUGAAAAUAAAUUUAGUUUUAUUUAUUACAA